CAGAUGAUAUGGUUUCCUCGAGUUCGUGCUUGAGCCUUAGCCAUGGGAAAUGGGGAGGGACAACAGGAACCGAUGGUGGUGGUGAUGGAGCAGCAGGAGGACGAGGUGGGAGUUGGUCGAAGAGCCGAUGUUCAAUUUGGACGAGGUAAGAAGCUCGACGGCAGCGGAGGAGGGGCUAAAAACCAGAAAGAAAAAGAAAAGCCAAGGAGAGGUAUGCAAUUUCAGUUCGAUUGCCGCCGAAGUUGGAAGGGACACAACUCCCUAGCCUUAGAAAAGUCUGGGCGACGGUGUGGAGGUGGAAGUACGAGCUUCUAUGGAAGUUCAAUAACA